GGAGGAGAGAAAAGAGGUAAAUACAAUGAAGGAGGGAUAGAAAGAGGUAAGCUCUCCUCUGGAGUAAAUCUCUCUCAAUCUGAUCAGUGUGUGAGGAGGACUUACUCACUACAGUGUGGAUACACAGGCUGUACUCACUGGGAGUCCAAGGUUUAUUCCAUUCUUCUGUGGCGGCAAGACAGCAAGAGAGACAAGCCGGCAUCCCAAAUAAAAUAAAUUGCAUCACUUGACGAACAAGAUUAAAGACAAUAACUGUGAUUGUGGAUUCGUUGUGGAUGGAAACCUUUGUUAUCGUGCUCCCUGAUGUCUCCUUUCCAACAACAAAUAUGUCAACACAACCUUUACUUUAACUGGCAUCACACAUUUUAAAGUGAAGCCAAACUCCUUUGUCUUACUGUCUGAACUGUGGAUGGAGAUUAUGUGUAUGUUCCUUGUUCCUAUCGUGUUUUCUUUACUUUCACUCCUCUACCCUGCAUCUGCUAGCUCAGGGUCUAACUAUGACUACGGAGCCCACCCACGCUUUUUUUGCACCCCUAUUCCUGUGGAUGCAGACCCUGCAUGCUUCCCUCCAGGGGGUCCAGGCGUAGGGGGAGCAGGGCCCAGCGGACCAGGCCAUCAAAGUGCACCUCCUGCUGGCUGGUGGGGGGCGAGCGAAGAGGCCAAAGCCACCAUCCUUCACCUCAGGGAGAGCCUUGUCCAACAGAAAGAGACCAUCCUGGACCAGAGGGAGACCAUUAGAGAGCUGACGGCCAAGCUCACCCUGUGCGAGGGCCUUGGACAGGGCGUGACGCCGCACGAUGAGCACCACGGUACAGCUGCCCACUCCCAUCACGUGGGGGUGGCCGGUCAUCACUCGUACACUGACAACGGGCACUAUAGCAACCAGCAGGGGCACCAUGGACACCUCAUACCAGACUCACCGCACUACGCAUCUGUGGGGGGACAGCGAUCUGAUGGGGGGCACAGUAGCAACCAUCAGGGGACGGAUAAACAUGUAACACCAGAGGACCUCACAUCAUCACCAGAGCAGAUGGAAAGGAUGCUGCAGGCGCUGAAGGAGAGGCUGGAAAACCUGCAGCAGAAGAGGAACACAUCUAUCACCUACUCCAGCUCUCUGAAGGAGCUGCUUCAGAGGAAGAUCAAUGCUCUGGAGCAGCAGCUGCCCCACACUUCUGCCCUCAGCAGCCUCAACACACACCGAGACGACAGAGACCAUCACGAUGACAGCCAUCACGAUGACGGCCAAGACCAUCACCAUGAUGGCCAUCAUGAUGAUGGCCGAGACCAUCACGAUGACAGCCAUCAUGAUGACGGCCGAGACCAUCACGACGGACUCCGGAAUGACCACGAGUAUGACCACAACGAUGGCGGUCAUAGCGACAGCGCAAACCUCACUGACCAUCACUUUGACAGCCAAAAUGGAAACCACCAUGAUGUGGACGGUGACCAUGACGACAACAAUGAUAAUGAUGAUGAGGACGACCACGACCCCCACAGUAAUGAGGCAGACAGUCACAGUUACCUUUCACACACAGGAUACAGAGUGCCUGGAAAACCGUCUGGUUUCCACUCAAAUAAACUGGAAACAUUGCUCAACCAGCUGCACCUCACAGGUCCCAAGAAUCCCGAUGCCUUCCAGAUCAACUUUCCCAUGAGAACCAACUACAUGUAUGGGCGGGUAAAGAAGACCCUGCUGCAGGAGAUCUUCGCUCUGACUUUGUGUCUUUGGAUCAAGGCGGGUGUGGCGCCUGGCCUGGGGACGCCAUUUUCUUACUCUGCACCCGGACAGGCCAAUGAACUGGUGCUUAUCGAGUGGGGGAACAACCCUAUGGAGCUUCUGAUUGAUGAUAAGUCUGUGACGCUCCCCCUUUCUCUGGGUGAUGGGAACCGGCACCACGUCUGUGUGACUUGGUCAACAAGAGAUGGACAGUGGGAGGCCUACCAGGACGGAGUGCAGAGGGGGUCUGGGAUAAAUCUUUCCCCCUGGCACCCUAUUAAACCUGGAGGAGUCUUCAUCCUGGGGCAGGAACAGGACACUCUGGGAGGCCGUUUUGAUGCCACUCAGUCAUUUGUGGGUGACAUGUCAGACCUGCACAUGUGGUCCCAUGUCCUGACUGCCAGCGACAUCCACAGCCUGGCCUCUUGCGGCAGCCACCUCAGAGGAGAUGUCAUUGCUUGGUCUGAGACAGAGGUAGAACUUCACGGAGGAGUCGCCAAAUACCCCUUUAACCCCUGUCACUGAAAGGCCGUAAAUCCAGUGAUGAAGAAGAAAUUGGAGAUAUCCUGAAACACACUGAGAAUAUUUAUCAUAUAUCAAAAAGGGAAAGAACAAAACAAAACGUCCAUUUAAAUUUCAGUGAUUUUCAGGAUGAUGACUCAGUGGCACCAACUCAAUGCCUUCUUAAACGACAUCAGUGACUUUUUCUUUAAAAAGAUAAAUAUUAAGUCUAAUCUGUGUUUACAGAGACUUUGUAGGGAUUUAGGUGUCUUGGGCUCAAGGUUUUGGCCUUUACUGUUAUCAUGACCUAGUGUUUUAUUUUAAACAGACAAGUGCUGUAUGUGACAUAUUGUCAUAUUGUUAAUAAGACUUAAUACUAUAGGGUCUGUGAUAAAAUUAGCAGACCAUACAUGGGUACUGUUGUGGUGAAGUGAAAAACUGUAUGUUUAGUUUGAAGGAUACUUCUAUAAAUGUGUUGAGAAAUCAAUUUGGAUGCUCCUUUUUUUUAAAAGGUGUCCAUGAGAUACAGCUAAUUUACCAAAGAAAAUGUAGAUCUAUGUCUCCUAGAAAUUUUAAUUAGCAAGAAAAGCUGAAAGGCCUGUCAGAUUUUAAGUGUUUUUUGAAACUUUUGUAUGCUCUGCAAUGCAUGUUUGAUCACUGAACAACUCGUUGAAAUGCAUCACUUUUCUCCCAGUAAAUUGUUCUUUUUGAAAUCA